AUGGCCGAAACGCAAAAGUGUGUGCAUAAAGGCUGCGAAAAGGUAUUUACAGAUCCGGACGAGGAUUGUGUUUACCAUCCAGGGCCUCCAGAAUUCCACGAAGGUCAGAAAGCUGAUUACGAGACAGGAUGGAAGUGCUGCAAGCCACGCGUACUCACCUUCGACGAGUUCAUGAGCAUUCCACCAUGCACUACUGGCAAGCAUAGCACCGUCGACGACCAGCCUGCUCUCGCUGAGAGACCUAAACAGACCGCCGAAGAGCUUGACGCCACGAUCAAGGCUGCUGCUGCUCCCACACCCACCGCCAACGACUCGCUGCCGCCGCCUGUUGCAAGAGCUCCCGUUGCUGCGCAGACCCCGCGAGCUGCGACUCCUGCACCACCCGAAGAUGAGGACGACGAUCCAAGCAUUCCUGUGCCCGAUGGAGCCACUUGCAAAAGAAAGACGUGUGGAAAGUCGUAUAAGGCAGGACAGAAUAGAGAUGACGAAGAAUGCGUGCAUCACCCCGGCGCGGCUCUGUUCCAUGAGGGAAGCAAAGGCUGGACGUGCUGCAAACGCCGUGUGCUGGAAUUUGACGAAUUCAUGAAGAUUCAAGGAUGCAAGACCAAGUCACGACAUCUAUUCGUUGGGAAGAAAAAGGAUCAAGAGUCCGAGGAAGAGCUCAAAGAUGUCCGCAAUGAUUUCUAUCAGACGGCAACCACUGUCAUUGCCUCGCUAUAUCUCAAGAAGAUCGACAAGGAUCGGUCCAGGGUAGAAUUCAGUGACGAUGGGACCAGGGUGAACCUUGACUUGCAUACGAGUGACAAGAAGCAUUAUGCGUCGGAAAUGGAACUGUUCGGGCCCAUCAAAUCUGGCGAGAGCAAGUUCAAGAUUAUGGGUACAAAGCUGGAGCUUACACUGGCCAAGGCGGACGGCCGAGGAUGGGCUGUAUUACGAGCGGACGACCCGCACACAGGAGAGAUUAUUCAGGCUGGGCGGGCGGGCCGCGUGUGA